AUUUCAAGUAAAAAUGACUAUUAACUUCGGUAAUUUUGGUUUAGUUUCUGUUCUUUUUAAGUAUUAUUCAGGUGUAUUCUUGGUGUAUUUUUGGGUAUAUUUUUAGUGUUUUAUUUUUGGAAUUGUUGCUGGACUGAUGAUUUCUAAUCAUCCGCCGACUACUCAACUUGUGAAAAUGUUUAAAAAUGACCUUAAUUUUUGACAUUACAUUCUUGCAAGACAUUAGUGAUGUUUUAGCUGUUUAUUUUGAAGAGUCGCAAGUUCUGUAAGACAUUAGAUUGUAUGGGGGCUAAUGGACAGAGACAUUGUCUUUGUUGUAAAUAACCGUAUAAGGAUCUUGAUGAUGAGGAUUCCGAUGAUGAAGCGGAACGGGAAGAAGAAGAUCAGGUGUUUCCUUUGCCUAAGUUAGAUAAGAGACUCUCACUUGUUAACUCUAUUAAGGCUAUGAAUCAUCCUCCUAAGUUUGAUCAUAUGAGGUGGUUGUUUGAGACUAAAGGUACUUAUAGCUAUAGUAAUGUUGUGUGGCCUAAAGACGGGUAUGGAGGCGGGUCGGAUAAAGACGGGCAUGGAGGCGGGUCGGGUGCUAAUGGAUAUGAAUCUCCUUCGGAUUUCGGAGAAAAAUCGAAGGCCUUUGACUCGGAAAGUUGGGGUUUCUGCUGCAAUUAUCAGUCCUUACAGACUACUCAUUGCAACUCGUUUGGUGGCCCUUGGAUUGUUUCUGACAUGGAGAAACUGUCAUUUGAAUCAUGAUGCGAUGUGGUUAUGGGGGAUGUCUAUAACUUGCGACUCUUUGCUUAUUUCUACAAUUUCUUAAAUUUUAUUGUGUUACAAUGGGACCCAAUUAUUGAAUUGGAUUUGAAAUAUGU